AUGUUAAACAGCAUUUGCUUGCAAAACUCGAACCAAACCCUCAGACUCCUCGGUGGGCUCAUUGGUAAAUCCGACUGUGAAAUAUCGCCGGAGACGUACGCUACAUUUUUAAAGACGCAGGAGGUUUACGUGCGCGACAGAGCGACAAUGCUGGCAUUUAAAGAUGCCAUGGAGCACAAUGCACAGCUUUUCAAGGGCUCAGUCGUCCUGGAAGUGGGCUGCGGUAGCGGAAUACUUUCAAUGUGGGCUGCCCGGCAAGGUGCAAAGCGAGUGAUUGCCGUUGAGCCAAGCGAUAUUGCCCAAGUCGCUCGCCAGCUGGUGGUCCAGAAUCGGCUUGAUAACGUAAUCCAGGUAUUUCAGGCUAAGAUCGAGCUCCUUAAGCUUCCGGGGGGUCUAAAGUGCGUUGACAUCAUCCUUUCCAAGUGGAUGGGCGCCUGCCUCAUGUACAACUCGGUCAUUGAGGACGUCAUCUAUGCGCGGAAUAAAUGGCUGCGGCCAGGCGGAAGUAUAUUUCCACAAAGUGCCAAGCUAUAUGUGGUGGCAACAGAGCAGGAUGGUCGACCCUCUGACGUGGGUCAGAGAUGGGCCCACUUCGGUGGCUUGAAUUUGUCUCGAAUUGGCCGUGUCAAGACCCACCUUCCAGAGGUGACCGAUGUUGACAAUACUAAGAUCCUUACCAAGCGCCACCUUUUGCGCAGCCUUGACAUGCGUAUAGUAAAGCACGAGGAUCUAAGUUUCGAGGUGCCCUUCCGUUUGCGGGCGGUGCGUCAAGCCUUUGCCAGCAGCUUUGUGGUAUUUUUCGACUUUGAGUUUCCUGGCGACAAAAACAUGCCGGCCGUCUCAACUAGUCCCAGUGGGCCGAGCACUCAGUGGAAGCAGUCCCUCUUUCCACUUGAUGCGCAUCUCCCGAUGCGUGUUGACGAUGUUCUCAAAGGCAAUUUCAAAAUCGUGCGCAGUCAACUACAUUUGGACUUCGACAUAGAUUGGAGUUUCGCGAACGACUUGGUAACUGUGAAGCGCCACAAGCAGAUCUAUCGUAUGCAAGGAAAUACAGCCUCGAUUUAA